AUCCAAAAUUUGGCCAAGCAAUUUAUCCGUUUUUCAGUCAGCUCUCGUUCUUCUCUCUCUCCCCUGAAAUAAACGAAUUCCACACACGCACCAUUCUCCAGACAAGCCCUCAACCUCAUAGAUCAUAAAUUUUCUCUCAGAUCUACUGUACCUCUAAAAGAUCUUCCCUUCCCAGAUCUGCAUUUUUUUUUUAGUUUUUCAAUUUAUGAUUUUGUCUAUGUUAUGAUCAUUUGAUAGAGAAGGUUGAAGCUCGAGAGCAGAUUAAUUAUGAAAAUGGCGGGGAGAGGUGUUUUGGUGGUGGUUGUAAUGUUAGUAGUGAUUUCUGGUUUUAGAGUAGAAGGAGAUGGGUCAUCUCAUAAGUACAAUGAAAGAGAACAUGUUCCUCUUUAUGCUAAUAAAGUUGGUCCAUUUCAUAACCCUAGUGAAACAUACCGGUACUAUGAUCUUCCAUUUUGCGCCCCAGAAAAUGUCAAGGAUAAAAGAGAAGAUCUUGGAGAAGUACUGAAUGGAGAUCGCUUAGUUGACGCACCAUAUGCAUUGAACUUUCGUGUGGACAAGCAGAGUGAAACCCUCUGUAGGAAGAAGUUAACCAAAGAGGAGGUUGCACAGCUCAGAACUGCAGUAUUGAAGGAUUAUUACUUCCAGAUGUAUUAUGAUGACUUGCCAUUCUGGGGGUUCCUUGGGAAGGUUGAAAGGGAAAACAAGAUGGAUCCAAGCGAGUACAAAUACUUGCUGUUUAAGCACAUCCAUUUUGAUGUCCUGUAUAACAAUGACCGUGUCAUAGAAAUUAAUGUGCAGACUGAUCCAAACCAAUCUGUGGACAUCACAGAGGAUAGGGAAGUCGAGGCAGAGUUUUCUUAUUCAGUCAAGUGGAAAGAAACUGAUAUUCCUUUUGAGAACAGGAUGGAGAAGUAUUCUAAAUCCUCAUCCAUGCCUCAACACUUGGAGAUCCACUGGUUCUCUAUAAUAAACUCCUGCGUAACUGUUCUUCUUUUGACUGGAUUUCUCGCUACAAUCCUUAUGAGAGUGCUCAAGAAUGACUUCAUUAAAUAUUCUCAUGAUGAAGAAUCGGUAGAUGACCAAGAAGAAACUGGAUGGAAGUACAUCCAUGGAGAUGUUUUUAGGUAUCCCAAGCACAAGUCUUUGUUCUCUGCAGUUCUUGGAUCAGGAACUCAACUCCUUGCUUUGGCAAUGUUCAUCUUCCUUCUAGCAUUGGUUGGUGUUUUUUACCCAUACAACAGGGGAGCUCUUUUUACUGCUUUGGUUGUCAUAUAUGCACUUACUUCCGGCAUUGCGGGUUACACUGCUACGUCCACCUAUUUGCAGCUUGAAGGAACUAACUGGGUUAGAAAUUUAUUGCUAACAGGCUGUUUAUUCUGUGGACCAUUGUUCCUAACGUUCUGCUUCCUCAACACUGUUGCAAUAGCCUACAGUGCUACAGCAGCAUUACCUUUUGGCACUAUAUUGGUCAUUGUUCUCAUAUGGACACUAGUAACUGCACCAUUGCUAGUAUUGGGUGGUAUUGCGGGUAAGAACAGUAAGGCAGAGUUCCAAGCUCCAUGCCGCACAACCAAGUAUCCAAGAGAAAUACCUCCGCUUCCAUGGUACAGAGGAACUAUUCCUCAGAUGGCGAUGGCUGGUUUUCUGCCUUUCAGUGCAAUCUACAUUGAACUUUAUUACAUCUUUGCCAGUGUCUGGGGCCACAAGAUUUACACCAUCUAUAGCAUUCUAUUCAUUGUGUUCAUCAUUCUCAUCAUUGUGACAGCAUUCAUCACUGUAGCAUUGACAUACUUUCAGCUCGCUGUUGAGGAUCAUGAAUGGUGGUGGAGGUCUGUUCUUUGUGGAGGAUCCACUGGUGUAUUUAUCCUGGGUUAUUGUUUGUACUACUAUUAUGCAAGAUCAGACAUGUCAGGUUUCAUGCAAACAUCAUUCUUCUUUGGUUACAUGGCUUGUAUCUGCUAUGGUUUCUUUCUCAUGCUCGGGACUGUUGGAUUCCGUGCUUCGCUGUUGUUUGUUCGUCACAUAUACCGUUCAAUCAAGUGUGAGUAAUUAAAAGGUUUACCCCUUCCCUCCAGCUGUAGCCAAGGCGUUUUAGCCGAAAAGUAAAAAAGAAGAAUUUGUAGUAGUUUAGUAGGAACCGUAGGAUUAAACAAAUGGUGAUGAUUGUAUCAUUGCUUUGCUGUUUUGAAAUUUUCGCCUAAUGUAAAAGAUCUACAUUUGUUCUUCAAAUCUUAAUGUUGAAAGUAAAUGUUAGGACUGCAUAUGUUCUACAAAUCUUAAUCUUAAAAGUAUAUUAUUGUCA